AUGGAAGGCCAGCACAUUGACUUGGAUAUAGGCGCACUGAAGCACAAGCUAGUGCUAGAUACGGAGACUCCCGAAAUAAAAAACUUGACAAACGCAGUCUUUUAUGCACUAUCUUCCCGCAUAAAAAGCUCCCUCAAGAACAUCCCAGAGGAAAAGCGUGCUAAUACGAAUGCGCUAGUGGACACUUUCCUGAAGGAAAACCUCAAAAGAACGUUCAGCACGAUAAUUAAUACACAGUGUGCAGUAAGUCCUGAAACAGUAAAAAUCCUCACGAAAGAAGCCACAGCCGAAGUCUCUUCCGAACUUUCACGAGAACUCUCCACUCUAAGCAAAGAAAUAGACGCUUUUGCUCUACAGCAGGAGAUCACAUACCAGCGCAUAGAGAUGCAAACUGUCAAAAAAAAGAUCGAACUGUAUAAGCACUGCAAGGAAGCCCAGCAAUACAUUGUCUCCUGCUGUGAGAAAGUACUCCAGAGCAAAGAAAUAAAAAAAUUCGACAAGUCCAGGCUCGAACUUGCCCUCGCCCAGGAUAAAUCCUGCCUGGAAGACUUCACUCAGAGCUUAGAUAUCCUCCUGAUGAAAGAAGAAGAAGACAUAUCUAUUCUGGAAGAAAGUGUAGAGAAAAAAAAAGAAAUGCGUUCUGAAGAAAAUAUUUUAGAUUUAGAAAAGUACGCUUUAGAUCGGAUAGUUGAGAAGUUUAGAGCGCAUCUUUCCAAUGACAGGCUAAGACCUAACGUGUAUUUUUACCUGAAAGAAUUGACGGAUGAAAACAGCAAGUAUAUACGAGAAGAGAAGAUCGAGGCUUUGGAGAAGCACAGUAUAAAUAGCAAGGCUGUUUUCUCUGCUAGCAGAAUGGCUGAGAAGCUAAGAAUAGAAGAAAAGGAGCGCAUAAGCAUGGGAAAGUUUAUGAUUCAGUGUGGGCAGGAGAUGGUUGAGCAGGUUCAUGUCUUGGUAGAGUUCGGGCAUGCGUAUUUCACAGAUGUACUCAACCGGAGUUCGACUUUUGAGCUUGUGAGUCUAUUACGGACUGUUAAAAUGAAUGUGAAAAAUUUGCAAGAACCUGAAAAAACGGAACUGAAAGAGUUUUUGAUGGUUCUGGAGGACUUCGAUUACGGAAUAAACUGGAUUCGGGACAGCUCCUUCAUAGAUCUACAAAGAAUUAAGGACACCUUGAAAAUAGACCAUCUACUGGAGAAGCUGUCAGAUGCUCGCGUGAGAAACAAAUUUGCGCGCUUUAACGAUGGUUUUAGGAAAAUACUGGAGAAAUUUCCGAAUGGGGAAACAAAAUCCGGUUAUGAUAAGGCUUUUUAUGCCCUGAGAAGCCAUCCACGCACAAAACACGAAACGGCAAAGCAGAUGCAUGACAACGCCAUGGAGGCAGAAGAGCAUCUUACACGGCUGCGGGGAGUUGAUGAAGGAACAACCCGAAAAGACUGUGAUCUUAGGGUUGCGGCGUAUGAAAAAUUUGCAAGGGAAACGGAAAUGCCUGAUUUUUCAGGUGCUAUCGAGAACAUACCGCCUGAAAGCCUGGAAGAUGGAGUUACUCCGCGUGAGAUUAAAGCCAUGCUCUCAAAUAUGAACAUACUCCAUGACAUAUGCACUGAAGAGCUGGAAGAUGAAGCCAGAACAGAUUCUGAGAAAGAAGUUUUGAGGAAAAGUCUACCAGAAAUUGAAGAAAAGAUACAGGUUCUUAACCAGAAACUUCGUUCAUUCAACAAGGAGCUAAGCGAAGAAGAAGCCCAAAAGAACGAGUGUCUCCGUUACGCUUAUCUGACAAAGUAUAAGAAUGAGUGUCUUAAGCGCAUAUUCACAGUCACAAAGAACGUAGAGGCUGAAAUGGUCCCACUGGCUAAGGAAGUUAUGAAGGAAAUUGAAGAGACCCCGAAUAGCCCAGAAUUUAACGAAAAAGUGGAAAAAAUGCUUGAAGAAAUAAUUGAAAAGGAGCCUCAUCGUCUGCUGACUCCGGAGUUUAUCGUUGAAAACGAAUACUUUUGGGAAGAACUGCCAAAGACGGUAGAUCAGCUCGAUAGAGAGAUAGCUGAAGCUUUGGGGGGAAGUUCGGGCGAGGGAACGGGUGGAAAAUCCAAGUACCACUUUACGCUUCAAAAUUCGAUCCUCGCACUUUUUUUCGUCUUUAUGAUUCUGUCUCUGGGGCUGGUAUGCAAUUCGGAAUUUGCGUGA